ACAAACCCUCCUUCACACCAUGAGUCGUAAAGGUUAUGCACGAUUAGAGGAUGAAAUGAGAAGAGAAAGUCGAGCACCAUCAUCCAUAUCAAGAGUUGAUGUUUGGAUUAAAGGUCAUACGAGGAAGGAAGGAAAAUCCAUCAAUGAAGUGCUUGAUGCAACUGUGGAUCAAAGUAAUGGUGUGUCGAGCUUAGCAAAUGUCAAAUGCAAGUUGUUGCAUUGGGAGGGGUCAAACUUGGUGGUUGCAGAAGGCCAAAUUGCAUCAAGGGAUCCCAAGUCAAAGGUGCAUCAUGCAAUUCUUGGACUUUUGUGUUGGAAAGUAUGGGUGAACCACGUAACAUUCAACGUGCCGUUGUUUCGUUCUACUCAUGAGAUAUAUGAUCUUCAAGAUGCAAUAGGAAGUACAGUUGCAUGGCCUAGUCAAUUCAUUCUUUUGGACAAAAUAUUGGGCUAAUUGAUUUACGAUUUGUAGUUAUACUUUUUGGAUGUUUAAAGUCGUAUUUUAGAGAUUAGUGAAUCUUAUGAUUUAGAUACUUUUUUUGAUUUGUAUGUUUGAGGUUGUUAUCAGCUUGAUAUGAUAGAAGUUGAGGAUAAAAGUUAGU